CUAUUCUUGAUGUCAAAACACUAACAGAAGAGGACAUCGCUUCAUUAUUUGGAACUCUAGUGAUCAAGAAAGUUACCAAAGAAAAUGAGAAUGAAAAUGGUGACCUUGGAGGAAACUUGGAAGAAGAGCAGUGGUUCCAUGGAUUUAUUCCCCGAGAAGAAGCAGAUCCAAUUUUUUAAGCAAGACGGCGAUUUCUUGGUUCGCGUGUCAAAGAGUAAAUCAGAAGAUAAAUGCAGUUAUACUAUUUCUGCUUUUCAAGAAAAACCGAUGCAUAUCAAGAUCUUACCCAGUGAUGUUGUGAAGAAAGUCGGACCAAAGGGCACAAUUGUAGACUUUGUGAAUCACUUGAAGACAACGGGAGAAAAAUUUUCAUCAACAGAGCGUGCUUUGUUGGUAAACCCAAUUGCUCGAGAAAGAAUUCACCUCGAAUACGACAAAAUCUUUCUCGAUUCAAAGAGUGAGAUCAAUCUACAAAAAUUCCCAUCCCUUUUCCAAGGAUCAUAUGAUUCCAAGAAAGUUUUUAUCCAGAAAGAACAAGAAGAUUUGAAAGACGUUUUUAAAGAUAUCAAUUUCUUACGAAAAUUUAAUCAUCGAAAUAUCGUUAAUAUUAUUGGUUUUUCAGCACUGCGGGAACCUGUUAUACUUGUCAUAGAAUAUCUUUCUGGUGGUUUGUUGACGUACUAUUUAAGAAAGACAGGAGACUCUAUAACUUCAAGAAAGAAAAUGGAAAUGUGUCAGGAUGUUGCAAAUGGAAUGGCUUACUUACAUCGCAACAAAUGUAUUCACAGAGACCUUGGAGCAAGAAACUGUUUAGUUGGUGAAGAUUCUACAGUUAAGAUUUUCAAUUUCCGGAUGUCAGAAGUAGGGGAUGAGUAUGAAUUUAUCGGUGAAUAUUCUUAUGCUGGAAAAUGGACAUCACCUGAGUCUAUACUGUCAGGAAAAUUCACAUUCUUUUGUGACGUCUGGAGUUUUGGGAUCUUAAUGUGGGAAAUCUUUUCAUCUGGACAAAUACCUUACAGUGACAUGAAAAGAUGGGAAGCUGCAGGAAAAGUUGUUGAAGGAUAUAGGAUGCCUCCUCCUACAGGAACCCCCAAGUCUUGUUAUGAUGUGAUGUUAAAGUGCUGGGAAAAGGAACCCAGUAAUCGAUACCGUUUUGAUGCUGUGGUUGAAAAACUAAAUAAAAUUAUCAAAAAAGUGAAAUGACAUGGAAAAAGACCCAAAGUAUAUAGCAAAGAAUACCUCACACAUUUUUUUGUCUCGAAAGUUUUGUAGCCUUAAACUCAAUUUUGAUACUCGAUGAUAUUAAAGAAAUAUGACUACAUGUAGUCUUUUAUGUUGCUAAUUUGUUAUUCAUAUAUCUUAUGGCUUUUGAUAUUUCUGUCAUAUACAAGUAUAUCAAUGAUUGUUGUACCCAAACCAUACAUUGUUUGUCACACUAUUUAUAUGAUAUAUAAUUUACAUCAUGAUUGUUGUAAUUUUCAUUGACGUAUGAUGUCUGUGUUCUUGAGGAAUUAGGCUAAAAUUAUACUUGUGCUUGUACGAUCAGUGUAAACCCCCUAUCAUGUUAAAACAUAGGUCGAAUGAAUUGUUAGAAGAUAAAAUUUAAAAAAAAAAAGUUGAAGAUAAAAUAACAAGCGCAAUGUCAUAAGUCGUUUUAACAAUACAAUUAAUAUAAAUUUACAACUUCCUCAUUAUUCAAAUUAUAUAAAAUAAAACGUAAAAUAUCUUUUCCAAAUAUUGUUCUUGUUGUUUGACCUUAUGACGGAAAACAGGGAAGCUGAGUGAUUGUAUUUAUUGACCAGAUAAUGACAUGGAAUUAACAAAAGUAUACACAAUAUACAAUUUCCUCUAGUAAUGUUAAUGUAAUACCUGGGAUAAGUUCAAAUCAUGAAUAAUUUCAACUUGGAUAAGUUACUCUGUGCAGAUUUGUGGUAAUACGAGGUAUUGUAAUGCAAUGAUGUCUGAUUUUGUGUACCAAGUAGGUGGCGUACACAAGAAGUUUACAAGGCAUGUUUUAAAUGCUUGCAUAAGGCAUAUAGCGCCAACCAUAGACAAUGCAUUUCACUGAAUUAUGUUGUACAAGAAAAAUUGACAAAAAAAAGUUUUAGGUUGUAACUUAAUUUGAUGCUUGAACUUAUGACGGAAAACUUGGAAACAGAAGAUGGGGUAUAUUGAAUCAGAUAAAAAUUGUGAAAUAAAUCGGUGAAAUGAC